UGUGAGACUUUAUUCCCGCGCUUUAAUCCUCUUAACAGACUUCCGGUCCUCAGCGCGUCUUCAGGGCUGGGGCUGACCGAGCCACGCGCGCGGCUCUAAUCCCCUCGCAGACUGAACGGUGUGCACAGGCUCGAGCGCCCAUGCCUCAGCGGCUCUCCGAGGCGGCAUGGAGGAACUGCUGAUACCGGAGGACGCGGAGGAGGCGCGCGGCCCGGAGCGGCCCGGCACAGCGGACAGUGUGAAGGAGGCGCUGCGGGGCGCGUGCGGGGAGGGCGUGCGGGCUUACGUGAAGCAGUGCGUGAAGCGGAACGGGCUGCUGACGCUCUCCGUGCUGGGGGUGGGCACGGGCUGCCUGCUGGGAUACAUGCUCCGCGGACUGGAGAUGUCCUCUCAGGCAAAAAUUUAUUUUUCUUUUCCUGGGGAACUCUUAAUGAGAAUGCUUAAAAUGCUCAUCCUGCCGCUAAUCACCUCAAGUUUAAUGUCUGGACUGUCAUCUAUGGAAUCCAAGGCCUGUUGUCGGAUUGGAGUUCUGACUGUAACAUAUUACCUGUGGACCACCUUCAUCGCUGUUGUGGUUGGCAUUGUACUUGUGCUGAUCAUAAAGCCUGGCUGUGGGACCGAGGUGGAGAGCAACAGGCUUGGGGGUCCAGUGAUGACCUCUGCAGACGCACUACUGGACCUCGUCAGGAAUAUGAUUCCUUCAAAUCUCAUCGAAGCCACAUUUCAACAGUACCAGACAGACCUUAUUCCGCUGGUCAGAACACAAGUCGGCAGCACCAAACAGCCCAGCUUCGUCUACCUCAUGCCUGAUGAAGAGAAUCCUAAAGGUCACUCAGUGCUGCUGGAGCUCACCCCUUCUCCCGACAUUCACUACAAGUCCGUCCCCGGCAGCAGCCCCCAAAUGAACGUUCUGGGCAUCGUCAUCUUCUCAGCCACUAUGGGCCUCCUUCUAGGCAGAAUGGGUGAGCGAGGGAUGCCAUUAGUCAAUGUUUGCCAAUGCAUCAAUGAGUGUGUUAUGAAGAUCAUCAACGCAGCUGUAUGGUAUUUCCCUUUUGGGAUCAUCUUCCUGGUGGCUGGGAAGAUCCUGGACAUGGAAGACCCGUCCACCCUGGGCAGGAAGCUGGGCUGGUACACAGUGACGGUUCUGGGUGGACUGUUUGUUCAUGGCCUCGUUCUGCUUCCAUUCUUCUAUUUCCUGUUGACGAGAAAGAACCCCUUCACGUACAUCAGGGGGCUGCUGCAAGCUAUGGUGAUUGCCUUGGCCACCUCUUCAAGUUCUGCCACUCUGCCCAUCACUAUGAAGUGCUUGUUGGAAAACUGUCGGGUGGACAGGCAGAUAGCGCGCUUCGUCUUGCCUGUGGGUGCCACCAUCAACAUGGACGGCACAGCCCUGUAUGAAGCAGUGGCUGCCAUCUUCAUCGCUCAGGUCAACGAAUACGAGCUGGAUUUCGGGCAGUUGGUCACGAUAAGCAUAACGGCAACGGCUGCCAGCAUCGGUGCUGCGGGGAUCCCUCAGGCAGGCCUGGUAACAAUGGUAAUAGUGCUGACGUCUGUGGGCUUGCCACCAGAUGACAUCACGCUAAUUGUGGCCAUCGACUGGAUUCUGGAUCGAUUCAGAACAAUGAUUAAUGUGCUUGGAGAUGCCCUGGCAGCUGGAAUCAUCGCUCAUUUGUGUCGGAAAGACUUUCCAACUGGCACAGGGAGGAAAGCCAGUGAACUGCCACGAAACACACACAACACCCAAAACAUGGAGAACGUGCCUUUGACAGAGGUGCCACUAAUAUCUGGAAAAGACUGCAUAUUUGAGGUGGUUGGAGAAACAGUUAUUGAGCGACCGACAGUCUAUUACAACAUCUGUCAAGUAUAACCUGACCAGCAGAAGCCUUACAACAACAACCAUCACCUUCACGCUCCUGCAGACCAGUCUCUGCUUUUGUGCCAUGAUUCUGAAUUUCCUGCAUUUCUUUCUUGUUCGGGUGACCUGUUGUCAGGUGAUUGAUAAUAUUUUCCUGCAAGUGACUUUAUUCUCCAGAUUCACGUUUUUUUUUUU